UCCGGAAGGUACGGAAGCCGAAGUCGGACAGUCUGUGUGUUAACAAUUUGACGCAUGAAAAUGGCUGCUGCGGAAGAGUGUAGUGAAAUUCAAAAUACGGACUUGGAUUCACAGAAAGUUCCUGAAAUGCUGGAUCGCGGGUGGAAAAUAUUUGAAGAAGUGGACAACACCAACCAGCCGACCGGAUCAAACUCGGUCCAGGUUAAAGUUAAGCGUGGGAUGCAGCUGUUGGAAGAGGUAACACGCAUGGUAGCCCAACUGGACUUGUUCAGUCGAAAUGAAGAACUGGAGGAAAUUGCAACCACCGAUCUCAAGUAUUUGAUGUUACCUGCUCUUCUCGGGGCCCUUACAAUGAAACAAGUCAAUCUAGCGAAACGCCUGGAGCAAGUGCAGCAAGCAAAGGUUUAUUUUUUAGAUUUCUUGAGAAGGUGCAAAGACUACAAUAUCAUGAAGUUUGAACUACCCAAAACAAACGAUAAUUCUGCAGACUCAUUGGAAGAAGCGGGAAAAGGACCAAUAGCAGCACCUACAACACAGCCUCCGAAUUUGAUUGCCAUGGCAACACAGAGACAGGCUAAAAUCGAAAGAUAUAAACAAAAGAAAGAAGCAGAAGCCAAAUUGUCAGAGAUCAAGUCUGCAGUGGAGAGCGGUCAUGCGGAUGAUGAAAUGCUUCGCGACUUCUACAUCCUCAGUCUGCGGAAAUGGAUAACCAUUGCAUUGGAGGAAAUCGAAAGCAUCGACCAGGAAAUCGAGAUUCUGAAGCAAAUGGAUUUUCUGAAACAAGAAAAAGUUCCACGAGGAAUGGGUACAGCAGAACCAUUACAGUCCCAUCAGAGACCUCCCAUGAAACCCUUCAUCCUGACUAAAGAUGCUGUUCAAGCUAGAGUCUUCGGUGCGGGCUAUCCCAGCCUACCCACGAUGACCGUUAAUGACUGGUAUGAACAGCACAGGAAACAUGGAGUUCUUCCGGAUCAGGGUAUUCCACGCAGCGCAGCUGAUAUUGACAGUGAAGAGCGAGAGAAAGAGGAGAAAGAACGACAGAUAGAGAAUGAUGAUGAAGAGGCCUUGCAGAAGGCUCGGGACUGGGACAACUGGAAAGACACGCAUCGUAGAGGAUACGGGAAUCGCAAAAACAUGGGCUGAUUCAGCUGCAGCCAAAAUCCGCAGUGGCAAGCUAUAAGUGAUUUGUUGAACCAAUUAAUAAACUAUUUAAAAUACUUAAUUGGGAAACUUAUAUUUGCCCAUGGUGAGGUGGGCAAGCAGCCGGAAUGGAAGGUGCUGCCAAACCUUCAAUUUGUAUUAUCGUGGCCGCUCAAACUACAGUUACCUUUUAACGGAAUCUGAUCAUUGGCCAGCUGUUUAGAAUUUGCCAUUUGCUUUUCUGGGGCUAUAAGAGACACAUUUGGCAAAUACUUUUAUUUGCAUGUCCAUGGAAAUGAUAGUCUAGUGAUAUUUAUCGUUCUUGUGUUGAAGUAGCACCACCAAUAUGCAUUUGUGAGUUGUUCUUGAAACUGAAUCUUGCAGUGCCACGUAGAACAACUUUUUCGGUAUGCCAGAAGAUAGUAUUAUUAUUCGUUAGAGAGAAAUUGAAAUCUAUUUAUCUGCAUACGCACUUGCAACAAUGGUCGAAAUUGUAACAAUACCACUACGUGAUCUAGAUAUCCAGAUAUUUUUUGAAAUCUGUUUUUAUAUAGCUGUUCAUCUGAGUAGCUUAAGUUGCAUAUUAGAAGUGGCUAUUUUCACACUGUCCUUGAAGGAAAGGCCAAUUUGAAUGUCAUGCUUACAGUGGGGUUAUGAAAGUCUGAGCCUGUCCAAUUAAAACGAAAAUUUUAAAAAAAUUAUACAAAUACAUCUUUUAAAAUGUGAAACCUCACCAACUGUUGUGAAUGCCUGAUCUUGUUCAUUACCAAUAAGUAAAUAAUUCAGUGAAAAAACGUGGUGAACUACAAUUUAAAAAAAUAUAUGAAUGUCCAGUAAAUUUUUAGCAUUACUUAUGUGAAUGCUUUGUGGAAGGUUUUAGCAAGAAAAGCUUUCCUUAUGUGAUAAACCUGAAAUCUGCAAUCUGGGUUCUAAUUACUGUAUGAAAUAUAAUUUUGUAUGUGGACUGUUUCCUUUUGCUGAAACAUGCUAUUUAGUUUCUUUUUCCUAUUACAUAUUUUGGUUAUUUGUAUUUACAUUGUUUCUUGGAAUAAAAGGGUAACUGUUACUUAAGAUUUAAGCAAAGCCA